AUGGCAAGGGACGUAGCACAGGAGACAGUGAAGGGCGGGCCAAGACAGGGCACCUCGAAGCGGUGCUGUUGGCUGCAAGGUGGUGCAAAGAAGAUGGCGACGGUGAAAGGAGUAUUGCACAGCGAGAGCGAUAUCGUCGUACUCAACGAUGAUGAUCAUGUCGUCGGCCAAUGCUCUGUCCGUACGUCGAGCGAGAGCGUCCAGGGCUGA